AUGAAUGAAACUACAGACAAACUUAACUCUUCUCUUAUUCUUCCUUUCAGUAAGGACUAUGAAUUCUGUUCAAAUGGCGUUUAUUUCUAUUGUGGAAAGAUGGGUUCAGGUAAGACAUUUAAUUUAAUUCGUCAUAUACUCAUAACAGAACGUUUAGGAAAUGACUCAUAUUAUGACCAAAUCAUUAUAUCAGCAACUUCAGACUCUAUGGACUCAACAGCGAAAACAUUUAUGUCAAAAGUUCAAGCCUCUGUCGUUAAAGUUCCAGACAGUGAACUCAUUGAAUUUCUUCAACGUUACAUUCGACGUAAGAGGAAAUAUUAUGCCAUCGUUGAAUUUAUACAGUCAGGAAUGCAAAAGACUUCUGAGGAGAUGGAAAGAAUUAUUGACAAACACCACUUACGUCAGUACUCAGGAGUUUACGAUAUGAAACGACUGACAAACUACAUUCUAUCAAAACUUUCAAAAUACCCCUUCAAAAAAUAUCCUUCAAACACUCUGCUCGUUUGCGACGACUUCGCUGGUAAAGGUUUAGUGUCAAAACCAGACUCACCAUUAGCUAACAUCAUUACUAAAGUCAGACAUUACC